UAAAAUGGGAUGCAUCUUAAAAUUGCAGAUCAGCUUCUCAUAUAUAAAUAAAGCCUUUUGUUGGUGGUGAUUGUACUGAAAUUAGUGUGUGUUUUACAAUUGAUGGCGCCUUAGAACUGAAUGAAUAGGGUAUUAAAUUUCAAAUGGCUGACAAAUGAGAAUACAAAUCACAUUUUAAAAAAUAGAUCAGUAAAUAAGAUGACUUAAAAAUGUCCCUGCAAAAUUCCAAGAAGCUAGAGUUUUCAAAUUUUUGUUUUCCAUUUAUUUUGGACUUCAGCAAUAAUGUGACGGGUUGGAGAUGUGGACCAUUCCCUUACAUUGGUAAUUUUGAUCUCACCACGAUGUGUGGCAUUAACAAAGUAACUAUGGAAUGGAAAAAUGCAAUGCAAAACAGAUCUUUUUUUUCAUCAGUGUAGACAAGCCCUUUGGCAAUAGUUACAGUUACUUGUUACACCUAAAAUGACUGUUAUUCCCACUAAUAACAUUCCCUUUGCAAUGCAAAUUCAUUACACUCUCAUUAAAAAUAAUCAAAAUCCCAAAUAAAUUGCAGUCAGUCCUCCAUAUUUGUGGAUUUCACUUUUGCGGCUUUGACUAUUCAAGUCACUCCUGACACAAAAAAACAAACAAACUGGAGAGUCUUAGAGAGAUUACCUCUCUAGGUAUUUGUAGAUCCUCAACACAAUUCUGUGGUUGUCAUCCAGUGGAAGUGGACCACAGAGUGAGACUGGAAGACCUAAAGAUUCAUAUAGAAUUUUUACAUGUCAGUUCAUAUUAAAAAUUGUUCUUAAAAAUCAUGUUUUUUUGACAUUCGUGGAAAGAAUAUGCCUCCAGCCCCAUGUGAACCAAAAAGAUCAAUGGAGAAAACAGAUGUUUUCUGGCAGAAGAUGUGGAAAACAAUCAAGGUUUCAGAAUGUUGCUUCAGAGAGCAGAGUACAUUCUGGAAUUUAUUUUGAUGUGUAAGGGAAAGAGUUAGGAAUGGAGGGAGGGAGGGUUGUUUUAAUUAUAUUUUGUUAUUGCUGUUGGGUAAAACAUGAAACCAAGAAAAGUUACUUUUAGGGGCUGCUUCUUUCAGAAUACUCCAACCAGGAAAAAAGAACAACUUUUCAUUCUGGCCAGGAGACUCUGAAGGUGCAGUUGCCCAAAGCUAACUUGUCUAACAUUUCCAAAAAACAAAAAAAAAAACCAAAAAAAAAAACCCAGCCUUCUUUCUACAAGGGAAUGAGAGAUGCAGCUUUUUGGGGAAACUAUGUGGGACGAUCCAGGGAUUUCUGCCCAGUGAUCCAUGAUGAAACUUUUUACUGACUUUCAAUUGGUUCAAUAGCCUCAAAGAACUGGCAGUUCCCAACGUGAUCGGCUGAGAUCCUGAGCAAAAGAUUGUCUUCUCUGGAAAAGGUGUUGGACAGAAUGAAGUCUGAGAUCUUCUGCUAUCUUCUCCUCAUCCUGCUUGUGGCCGAGUUGCUGCCUGGUUCACUGUCAGGAAACAACCCUCGCUAUGAGAAGUUCCUGAAUCAACACCGCGAUGAUCCGAGGAGCAGUUUCCAUGGCCGCUACUGCAACACCCUCAUGGGCAGCCGAGGUCUGACCAAGCCCGAAUGCAAAGAAGUCAACACCUUUAUUCAUGGCUCCAAAAGGCAGAUUCGUGCAGUGUGUGCAGAUGGUGGGGUGGCCUUGGGAGACCUGCGGCGUAGCUGGCGGCCCUUCCGGGUCACCACUUGCACCCUCCGGGGAGGUUCGACUCACCCGCCUUGUGAGUACAAAGAGAACACCUCUCCUCGGUACAUCGUCAUUGGCUGCGAAGAAGGCUGGCCUGUUCACUAUGACGAAAGCCAGAUUGUGACCACAGCGUGACCAAGCAAGGAGACACAGCAGUGCAAUGUCUGGACCGCAUUGAUCUUCCUCUUCACUUCUAGUCCUCUUAUACGCCAAUGAAAAUAGUGCCUAAGUAGACCUUUACAGUCAGCCCUCUGUAUCUACUGGUUCUCAAUCAAUCAUCUACAGCUUGAAAAUAUUACAAAAGAAAAUCAAUUGUAUAUAAGGUUUUGCUAUGCCACUAUAUACAAUGGGACUUGAGCAUCCAUGGAUUUUGGUAUCCAUGGCAGGUCCUUGAACCAAACCCCAGCAGAUACCAAGGGCCUACUGUAUAUAUUAUGCAUCAUAAGUAUAUGUAAUUGCUAUGUCACACACUUCUUAUAUAACCCCCUUCCUUUCAUUUUAGUACACAUGCCAGUUUGUAUUAUUUCUGCCUCCCCAAAUCAAAGCAUAGAUUAUAAUCUCAUUGGAAUGGGAUCUUAUUUUUAAUGCAGUUUGCUACUAGAAAGCAGGCAAAAAAGCAGGCAAUGACAGAGGAAAAAAGAAAGACCAUAAUAAUUUUAAAAGCCCAUAGCUGUCUCCCAUUUGCAAUAUCUGAGCAGAACAGUUGCUGACAGGGGAUCUUAGACAUCGCUAAUUUGUAGAGUUACCAUAAGUCAAAGUCAACUUGACAGCAAGUAACAACAAACUCAAAAUUUGUUCGGUGACCCCAGAUGGCAUACAUUUCUAUUACCACUACUAUUAAAAACAACAAAAAGAUUUUCGAUUUUUAUCUUCCCUGCCAGUAUGUCUUCAAACUGAUGUAUUCUAUUGUGAGUGGGGGAGGGAUUUUCCUUUUUUUAUCAAGCAAGUUCCUGCAUUUCAGGUUCUCUUGUGCUUAUAGUAGCAUCUAAUGAAACUUUGUACAUUAAGCAAUUAAAGGCUCUCAAAAAUGCA